AUGGCGCCCGCCAUCUUGGGCCCGGCCGGCGCGAUCCGGCUUCCUGUGGCGCGCGGCCCGCGCGGGCCCCUGACUUCGCCGGCACUGCUGACAUUCAGGGAUGUGGCCAUAGAAUUCUCUCAGGAGGAGUGGGGAUGCCUGAACCUCGUUCAGCGGGAAUUGUACAGGGAUGUGAUGUUAGAGAACUAUGGAAACCUUCUCUUCUUGGGUCUUGUUGUGUCAAAGCCAGACCUGGUCAUCUUUUUGGAGCAAAAGAGGGAGCUCUGGGAUGUGAAGGGAAAGGAGACAGUAGCCAUCCACCCAGGUAGGUGGGAAUGA